AUGACUGGCUGCAGCAGCAAGAGCAUGGUCCUGCUGUCCCUGCUGGGGCUCCUGGUGCUGCUCCUGUGGGGCUCCUCGGAAGCACAAAGCAACCAGGAUUGCUGCCUGUCCUACACCAAAGUGCGUCUGCCUCGCUGGGCCCUGAAGGGUUACACUGAACAGCUCGCCAGUGAGGUCUGCGACAUCCCUGCCAUCAUUUUCCACACUGUCAGUGGGCUGAAGGCUUGUGUAAAUCCUAAGGAAGCUUGGGUGAAGAAACAUCUCCUUUUCCUGAGCCACAGGCUCAGGAAGAUGUCAUCCUGACAGGGUUUCCAGCAAGGAGCUGAGCACAGACAUGGCUGAGGAGCCCUGGGCUGAGGCUCUCAGCUGAGAUGGUUUGUGCACUGUUGUGUGCUCACUCCCCUCCACCUCCUUCCUUGGAACCAAUGAACCUCUUGAGUUUACUCAGAGUGCAUCGCUCUUCUGUCUGAACUAAGCGUGUUGUUAAAGUUUCUAAUUUUACAAAACGUGUAUGUUACUGAUAGGACAUGGCUACUGUUUUGUAAAGUCUACCUUGAGCUGUUGUACAGAGUGUGAAUUUUAUUAAGUUUAUUUCAUGUUGGUUUUGUUUUCUUGAGCAUGUGUAAAGUGGUUUAUUUAUUCUGUGUAUUUUGUUAUUGUCUUGAACCAAAAUGUUUUCAUUAAGCUGUAGUUAGCAUUAUAAUACCUCUUGAACUAUGGUUAAACACAUUUGUAGAAAAAAAAGGUAAC